AGGGAUGUACGUCUCAGGAUACAGGAAAUACGGUAAGAGCGAAACAGGAGGAAGCCAGCUCUGUGCCUGGAGGGGACCCGCCGCCAUCUCAGGUCUCUUGGCUUUGCCAGGGCCCACCGGAGAAAACUGACGACCCGUUUCUGUAAUCCUUAUGGGAGACCAACCUUGUGCCUCCGGGAGAUCCACUCUCCCACCUGGAAACGCACGGGAAGCCAAGCCUCCAAAAAAGCGCUGCCUCCUCGCUCCGCGUUGGGAUUAUCCGGAAGGAACUCCCAACGGAGGUAGUACCACUCUACCCUCCGCACCUCCUCCUGCAUCAGCCGGCCUGAAGUCGCACCCUCCUCCUCCGGAGAAGUAGAGAAAUAAAUUUCUCCCACCCUAAACCAGUCUUUGAGCGAUUGCAGUAUGACUCCAUUUCCCUGGUGCAUUCAUAUAAUAGUUCACCUGGUGAAAACAAUGAAGAUUAUUUACAAUGCUACCCUGCUUUUUCUGGUGUCCUGCACCUGGAAGUUGUGCUUUUUAAGUCUUAUGAUGUAAUCAGCGUGAUUUCACUUCCUGAAUUUUGAUGAAUUCUAAGACAUGGGCAAGAUCGGGUUGUAAGACCUCUGAGAUUUAAGGCCAUGGCCUGGAUCAUGGUGAACUUACCAAAGCAAACAAUGCCUGUGAGAUGGUCCUGCAGCAACCAACCAGUGCGCUCUUUUGGUGACAUCCAGUUCUUGUUGUAUAACUUUAUAUUCCUAUAAAUCCAUUAAGGCCCCAAUAAAGUUUGUCUCUAAGUGCUGUGUUAGAUCUAUAUGACUACAUCUAGUAAAUUGUGAAUUUUAAGUAAAUAUUUUCUAAGAACUCCUAUGUAAAGCAUUACUAAAAUUAGUGUUGAAAUAUGACCUUCUUCCUACAUUUAUUCAUUUAUUUAUGUCUAUUUAUUCAUUUAUUUUAGUGAAAAAUAUAAAGAAAGGAGAGGAAGGUUAAAUCCAAAAAAGAAUUCAAUUUCCAGUACACUUUCUUUACUUUGCUGUCAGUUUUUGCAUGGAAUCUACAUCUUUUUAUGCUAAUCCUCAUCAUAUUAUUUUACAUCUUAACUAUUUUUUUCUGACUAAAAUGGUUGAUGUGCUUGUUUUUUGUAAUUUUCUACUUUCUAAAAUGCUUAGUAUUGAACAAAUAGAAUAUCCUAAUUAAAAACAGUAAUAAAUAUUAUGGUGAAAAAAUACAAGUAAAAUGGGAAAACAUUAGAUAGCAGCUUUCAAUAUUUCAUAUAGUUCAUAAAUUUUUCAGGAAUUAGAAGGUUAUAGAAAAAAAUUUAUAGACUAUAAUAAUUUCCAGGGAUAUAAAAAAUAAAGCUUCUACCUCUGAAUUGUAAUAAAAGAUAAACAGAUUUGAAAGCAUAUAUUAUAUCCGAAAAUGUCAGAUAAACUUGGCUUAUAAAUUAAAAUAUAAAAUAAUAAUACAAUUUGUUCAAAUAAGUAAUUAAAGCUGACAUUGUAAAAUGAAUAUUUAGAGAGAUUGUGAAACCUGAGUAUUUUACCCAGUCCUCUGAAAUUAGUCCCUAGCAUCAGAAUUAAAGAAUCUGAAAAAUCACAAAUGGAGGAAUGGUGACAUUUAUGUAUAUUCUAGAGUUAUGUUAUGCACACUUAAUAAAUUAUAGACAGUUAUUUUAAAGAUUGUAUAAUAUUACUAAUCACACAUUAGAGUUUUAAAACUUCUGAGCCAGCCUGAACAUCACAAACAGUAAACACAGACUUCUUUAAAAUGACAUCUGGUGAAAGGUAUUUUAUGCAUCAGAAGACAUAGUAUUAUAAAGAUGACAACACUCUUCAAAAUAAUCAAAAUAUUUAAUGCAACCCUUAUCAAAAUUAAGGUUGCCUACUUUGAAGAAAUUUAUAACCUGAUUCUAAAGUUCAUAUGAAAAUGUAAUGGACCCAGAAUAGCCAAAACAAUCUUGAAGUAUACAAAGUUUGAAGGUCACAUUUCCAAAUUUUAAAACUUAUUACAAAGCUACAAUAAACAAGUCUAUGUGGUACUGGCAUAGGAUAUAAAUAUUGAUCAAUGAAAGAAAAAAAGUCCUUCUGAAGUGUAACAAAAUAUGCACUAAAUAAAUUUAAAAUGCUGUGACAAAAAAAAAGAAAAAAGAAAUAGAAUCCAAAGUCCAGACAUAAGCCCUCACAAAAGUUAAUUUGCAGCCAAUUAACUUCUGACAAGGAGGCAAGACAUAAGGGAAAAUAACUAUUUUCAACAAAUGGUACUGGGACAACUUGGUAUCUACAUGCAAAAAAAAAAAAAGAGAAACUUCCACCCCUACCUCAUGGAAAAUACAAAAAUUAACUCAAAAUAGGCCAAAGACUCAAAUAUAAGGGUUACACUAUAAAACUCUUGGGAGGAAAUAUAGAAUAAAUUUUCGUGACCUUGAAUUAAGUAUUGGAUUUUUAAUUCUUACACCAAAGCACAAGUUAAUAAAGGAAAAAUUAGGUAAACUGGACAUAAUUAAAAUUUUAAAAAAAAUUUGCUUCAGUGAACACAGUCAAGAAAUAUGAAAGACAGCCACAGUACAAGAAUAUUUUUGCAAAUAAUAUGUCUCAUAAAUGACUUGUAUCUAAAAUAUAUAAGGCCGGGCAUGGUGGCUCAUCCUGUAAUCCCAGCACUUUGGGAGGCCGAGGCAGGUGGAUCACUUGAGCUCAGGAGUUCUAGACCAGCCUGGCCAACAUGAUGAAACCCCAUCUUUACUAAAAAUACAAAAAAGAAAAAAAAUUAGCAGGGUGUGGUGGUGCAUGCCUGUAAUCUUAGCUACUCAGGAGGCUGAGGUGGGAAGAUAGCUUGAACCUGGGAGGCAGAGGUUGCAGUGAGCCAAAAUUGCACCAAUGCACACUCCAGCCUAGGCAACAGGGCAAGAUGCCAUCUCAAAAAAUAAAAUAAAAUAAUAAAAUAAAAUAAACAGUAAUCACAGCUAAAUAAUAAACAAUAAACCAAUUUUAUAACGAAAGGAUCUGAAUAGAUUCUUCUGUAAAGAAGACAUACAAAUCACAAAUUACACACGAGAAGAUGCUCAACACUAUUAGUCAUCAGGGAAAUGCAAAUCAAAAUCACAAAGAGAUACCAAUUUAUACCCAGUAGGAUACUUAUUAUUAUUAUUUUUUUAAAUAGCAAAAUAAUAAAUGUUAGAGAGAAUGUGGGAAAACAGGAACAUGAGGCAUUGUUGCUGGUAAUGAUAAAUGGUGCAGCCACCGGGCAAACAAUUUUGUGGUUCCUCUCUAAGUUAAACAUAGAAAUAAUGGCUGGGCUUGGUGGCUCACACCUGUAAUCCCAGCACUUUGGGAGGCUGAGGUGGAUGGAUCACCUGAGGUCAGGAAUUCGAGACCAGCCUGACCAACAUGGUGAAACCCCACCUCUACUAAAAAAUACAAAAAAUUAGCCCAGCUACUCAGGAGGCUGACGCGGGAGAAUCCCUUGAACCUGGGAGGCAGAGGUUGCAGUGAGCCGAGAUCGCACCACUGCACUCCAGCCUGGGCGUGACAGAGCAAGACUCCAUCUCAAAAAAAAAAGAAAAAAAAGAAAAUAAGAGCUAUUUAUGACAAACCCACAGCCAAUAUCGUACUGAAUGGGCAAAAACUGGAAGCAUUCCCUUUGAAAACUGGCACAAGACAAGGAUGCCCUCUCUCGCCACUUCUAUUCAACAUAGUGUUGGAAGUUCUGGCCAGGGAAAUUAGGCAGGAGAAGGAAAUAAAGGGUAUUCAAUUAGGAAAAGAGGAAGUCAAAUUGUCCUUGUUUGCAGAUGACAUGAUAGUAUAUCUAGAAAACCCCAUUGUCUCAGCCCAAAAUCUCCUUAAGCUGAUAAGCAACUUCAGCAAAGUCUCAGGAUACAAAAUCAAUGUGCAAAAAUCACAAGCAUUCUUAUACAUCAAUAACAGACAAACAGAGAGCCAAAUCAUGAGUGAACUCCCAUUCACAAUUGCUUCAAAGAGAAUAAAAUACCUAGGAAUCCAACUUACAAGGGAUGUGAAAGACCUCUUCAAGGAGAACUACAAACCACUGCUCAAGGAAAUAAAAGAGGAUACAAACAAAUGGAAGAACAUUCCAUGCUCAUGGGUAGGAAGAAUCAAUAUCAUGAAAAUGGCCAUCCUUCCCAAGGUAAUUUACAGAUUCAAUGCCAUCCCCAUCAAGCUACCAAUGACUUUCUUCACAGAAUUGGAAAAAACGACUUUAAAGUUCAUAUGGAACCAAAAAAGAGCCCGCAUCGCCAAGUCAAUCCUAAGCCAAAAGAACAAAGCUGGAGGCAUCACACUACCUGACUUCAAACUAUACUACAAGGCUACAGUAACCAAAACAGCAUGGUACUGGUACCAAAACAGAGAUAUAGAUCAAUGGAACAGAACAGAGCCGUCAGAAAUAAUGCCACAUAUCUACAAGUAUCUGAUCUUUGACAAACCUGACAAAAACAAGAAAUGGGGAAAGGAUUCCCUAUUUAAUAAAUGGUGCUGGGAAAACUGUCUAGCCAUAUGUAGAAAGCUGAAACUGGAUCCCUUCCUUACACCUUAUACAAAAAUUAAUUCAAGAUGGAUUAAAGACUUAAAUGUUAGACCUAAAACCAUAAAAACCCUAGAAGAAAACCUAGGCAUUACCAUUCAGGACAUAGGCAUGGGCAAGGACUUCAUGUCUAAAACACCAAAAGCAAUGGCAACAAAAGCCAAAAUUGACAAAUGGGAUCUAAUUAAACUAAAGAGCUUCUGCACAGCAAAGGAAACUACCAUCAGAGUGAACAGGCAACCUACAAAAUGGGAGAACAUUUUCGCAACCAACUCAUCUGACAAAGGGCUAAUAUCCAGAAUCUACAAUGAACUCCAACAAAUUUACAAGAAAAAAACAAACAACCCCAUCAAAAAGUGGGCGAAGGACAUGAACAGACACUUCUCAAAAGAAGACAUUUAUGCAGCCAAAAAACACAUGAAAAAAUGCUCACCAUCACUGGCCAUCAGAGAAAUGCAAAUCAAAACCACAAUGAGAUACCAUCUCACACCAGUUAGAAUGGCAAUCAUUAAAAAGUCAGGAAACAACAGGUGCUGGAGAGGAUGUGGAGAAAUAGGAACACUUUUACACUGUUGGUGGGACUGUAAACUAGUUCAACCCUUGUGGAAGUCAGUGUGGCGAUUCCUCAGGGAUCUAGAACUAGAAAUUCCGUUCGACCCAGCCAUCCCAUUACUGGGUAUAUACCCAAAGGACUAUAAAUCAUGCUGCUAUAAAGACACAUGCACACGUAUGUUUAUUGCCGCAUUAUUCACAAUAGCAAAGACUUGGAACCAACCCAAAUGUCCAACAAUGAUAGACUGGAUUAAGAAAAUGUGGCACAUAUACACCAUGGAAUACUAUGCAGCCAUAAAAAAGGAUGAGUUCGUGUCCUUUGUAGGGACAUGGAUGAAAUUGGAAAUCAUCAUUCUCAGUAAACUAUCGCAAGAACAAAAAACCAAACACCGCAUAUUCUCACUCAUAGGUGGGAAUUGAACAAUGAGAACACAUGGACACAGGAAGGGGAACAUCUCACUUCGGGGACUGUUGUGGGGUGGGGGGAGGGGGGAGGGAUAGCAUUGGGAGAUAUACCUAAUGCUAGAUGACAAGUUGGUGGGUGCAGCGCACCAGCAUGGCACAUGUAUACAUAUGUAACUUACCUGCACAUUGCACACAUGUACCAUAAAACCUAAAGUAUAAUAAUGAUAAUAAUAAUAAUAAUAAUAAAAAAAAAGAAAAAAAAAAAAGAAAUAACAUGCUAUCCAGCAAUUUUACUCCUGAUACAUAGCCAAAAUAACUAAAAAACAGGUGUUCAAACAAAAAUUGUACAGGACCGUUUACAGCAGAAAUAUUUGUACUAGGAAAAUGUGGAAACAACUCAAAUGCCCAUCAACUGGUGAAUGGAAAACAAAAUGUAUAUUCACACAAUGGAAUAUUAAUUUGGUCAUGUACAGGAAAUAAGUAUAGAUACUGCCAGAAUAAACCUUGAAAGCAUUAUGCCAAAAAAAAAAGGAAAAUAAUUCUUGCCUAGUGGUCUGGGAAAAGCAAAAGCAUUAUGCUAUGUGAAAAAAACCAGUCACACAGUACCAUAUAUUAUAUAAUUUCAUAUAAAUAAAAUGUCCACAUGAGGCAAGUCUAUA